CUUAGAUUGAGUCAGUAGUUCUGUCAGUCAGGGGUUAGAGUCGACGUGGUGAGGUUUGAAACCACCACCCGGUUGUGCACUUUUCACCAUGGUCGAGACCCGCAGUGGGAAGGACACUAGCCCCUACACCAAGGAGAAGCAAGAAAAGAUGGUCGCCUUAGUUAAGAAGAAUAGGGAGAGAAAAGAGCGCGAGAAACAAGCGAAGUUUAAGGCGAUUGCAGAGGAACAGGCGGCGAAGAUGAAGGAAUUAGAGGAGGAGAUGGAGAAAAAGAAGAAGGCUGAUGAAGAAGAAGCGGCAGCAGAAGAAGAAAAAGAGAGAAUGAGGAUUGAGAGUGGAGAAGGGAGCAAUGGUGGCACGAUGAAGAGGAAUACAGACGUUGAGAUUGAGAAGAAGAUAAGCGAGUGGGUCGCUAAUUUAUCGUUGGGAGAAGACGAGGAGGCAGUGUCUUACGUGACUGAGGAUGAGAGGGCUGCGCUAGCCAGUGAGCUAGCAGCAAUGACAGAUCCAAUGGAACCACGAGAAAGGGAGGAGGAACAAAAGUUGGCAUGGAAAUUAAGGAUGAAGAGGGAGAAGAAGAGAAGGAGAGAGGAAGUGAGCAAACUGACCGCGAAGGUGGCAAAGGUGCAGGAAUGUAGAAAGGAAGUGUUGGCCCAGCCAGAUGACAAGGCCAAGUGCGAUAAGGUGCUGGGCUACCUAGAGGUGUUGAGCAAAGCCUGGAUGGAGGAGCGCCAGGCCAGUUGGAGCCAAGACGUAGCGUUGAGUGUCAUGCGGUCAGGGUUCAAAGACUUUGCGCGCGAGAUCGUCACCCACAUUGGGGGCGAAGUCAGGCAAUUAAGGGACAACUUAGGGAAGUUUUGUGAGGGCGCUAUCGAGGGCGCCAAAGCCAUACUAGCCGCUGUAGCAGGCGAGGUCAGGCCUAGCAAGGACCCAGUUAAGCUUAGGUUCCUGGAUGUUUAUGGAGGGAAGAAGGAAAAAAAAACUGACAACAGGAAAGCCAGUGUCAAUAGUUAUAUAUAUCUACAGCAUAUCCUGAUAGAGGAACAAGUCCUCGUGGCCUUUCAGGCCCUUAAGGAUGAGGCGGCUAACUUUGCCAGGUCCCUUGAGGCUUGCGCGCGCAGCCGGUUGUGAAAACAACCUGGUUGCAUAUUCAAAAGUCACCCCCUUUUCUCAAUUCCUCAAGCUCCUGAAGGAGCGGUUUGUAGACCCAACAAGAGGAGUCCGCGCCUCUGAUAAGUUGCAAACGAUCCACUCACGACAGUGGAGGAGUACAAGGGCACUCAAGGGUACAAUGGACGACUUGGUAGCCGUCCCAGACCAUGGGGUCACUGAGCCCCCAUUUGUCCAGUUAUUUUAUUGUGCAUGCCAGAGGCCCUACGUGGGCAUUUCUUUGACAAGUCUCAACAGGCUGGCAUCACUUAUGAUGCAUUGAGUAAAGAAGUCGUCCUGUA